GGAGAGAGAGAAAGCCCGACCGACCGGCUGGCGGAGGGCUGCAUGCAACCGGUGGGAGGCCCGGCGGGUUGGGGCUGGGGCUCCAGCCGCUCCUCAGCGGGUCCCCGGCGGCGAGCGCGGACGGCCGGGAGGCAGCGGCUCUGAGCUGGCAGGCGGAGGGCUGUCUCCUGCGCCCGCCAGCCCGGCGCGGUCCGAGGAUGCGGGGGGGCGAUGCCCGGGGCCAGGGACGCGCUCUGUCACCAGGCGCUGCAGCUGCUGGCCGAGCUCUGUGCCCGUGGGGCUCUGGAGCACGACAGUUGCCAGGAUUUCAUCUACCACCUGCGGGACCGUUCCAGACCCCGGCUCCGCGACCCAGAUAUCUCAGUGAGCCUGCUGACCCUUGUGGUCACUGCCUGUGGUCUCGCCCUCUUCGGUGUGUCUCUCUUCGUGUCUUGGAAACUCUGCUGGGUUCCGUGGAGAGAACGAGGCCUGCUCUCUAGUAGCAAAGAAAACAACCAAGAGCCUUUUAACAACACGGACACAGAAACCAAUGAGCAGGAGAACAGUGAGGACUUCCUAGACCCUCCUACGCCCUGCCCUGACUCCUCCAUGAAGAUCAGCCACACCUCCCCUGACAUCCCCCUCUCCACCCAACCAGGGGUCCAAGAGAACUGUGCCCAUGGCGUCCGUGUGCAGCGCCAAGUCACAGAGCCAACCUCUUCGGCUCGGCAUAAUUCAAUCCGAAGACAACUCAACCUGUCAAACCCAGACUUCAACAUCCAGCAGCUUCAAAAGCAGGAGCAGUUGACUGGAAUUGGUAGAAUUAAACCGGAGUUAUAUAAGCAGAGGUCAUUGGAUAAUGAUGACGGGAGAAGGAGUAACAGCAAAGCUUGUGGAAAACUGAACUUUAUUUUAAAAUAUGACUGUGACUUAGAGCAGCUCAUAGUGAAGAUUCACAAAGCUGUCAAUUUGCCGGCCAAGGACUUUUCUGGGACUUCAGAUCCUUAUGUCAAGAUCUAUUUGCUUCCCGAUCGGAAAACCAAACACCAGACUAAGGUUCACAGAAAGACCCUGAACCCUGUGUUCGAUGAAGUGUUUUUAUUUCCGGUUCCCUACAAUGAUCUAGAAGCACGGAAGCUUCACUUCUCUGUGUACGACUUUGACAGGUUCUCGCGCCACGACUUAAUUGGCCAGGUGGUGGUGGAUCACUUCUUAGACUUGGCUGAUUUCCCCAGGGAGUGCAUCCUGUGGAAGGAUAUCGAAUAUGUCACCAAUGACAAUGUGGAUCUUGGAGAACUGAUGUUCUCCCUUUGCUACCUUCCCACUGCUGGCAGGCUGACCAUCACCAUUAUAAAAGCACGGAAUUUAAAGGCAAUGGACAUCACCGGAGCGUCAGAUCCGUAUGUGAAGGUCUCACUGAUGUGUGAUGGCAGACGGUUAAAGAAGCGGAAAACAUCCACAAAAAGGAACACACUGAAUCCAGUUUACAACGAAGCCAUAGUCUUUGAUGUCCCUCCUGAGAAUAUUGACCAAAUCCACUUGUCCAUAGCAGUCAUGGACUAUGACCGGUCACAAUGAGAUCAUCGGCGUGUGUCAAGUAGGCAACGAGGCCGAGAGGCUGGGCAGGGACCACUGGAGUGAAAUGCUGUCUUAUCCUCGGAAGCCCAUCGCACACUGGCAUUCCCUCAUGGAG